CCGCCGCCCGCAGCCAUGACGUCCCUCACGCAGCGCAGCUCCGGCCUGGUGCAGCGCCGCACCGAGGCGUCCCGCAGCGCCGCCGCCGACAAGGAGAGGGGGGCCGGGGGCGGCCCGGAGGACGAAGACCGUCGGGAAGAGCCGGGAGACGACGAGAAGGGAGACUCCAAGGAAACGCGGCUGACCCUGAUGGAGGAGGUGCUGCUCCUGGGCCUCAAGGACCGCGAGGGUUACACAUCCUUCUGGAAUGAUUGCAUCUCCUCAGGAUUGCGUGGCUGCAUGCUAAUUGAACUUGCGUUGCGUGGACGUCUUCAGCUAGAGGCUUGUGGAAUGAGGCGCAAAAGUCUGCUGACUAGAAAAGUGAUUUGCAAGUCUGAUGCUCCUACAGGGGAUGUUCUGCUUGAUGAAGCUCUGAAACACAUAAAAGAGACCCAGCCUCCUGAAACAGUACAAAAUUGGAUUGAACUGCUUAGUGGUGAAACAUGGAACCCGUUGAAGUUGCACUACCAGUUACGAAAUGUCCGUGAACGGUUAGCUAAAAAUCUAGUGGAAAAAGGUGUACUGACCACAGAGAAACAGAACUUCCUUCUUUUUGACAUGACUACGCACCCGCUCACCAACAACAACAUCAAACAGCGCCUCAUCAAGAAGGUUCAGGAGGCGGUUCUUGACAAAUGGGUGAAUGACCCCCACCGCAUGGACAAGCGCUUGCUGGCACUCGUUUAUUUAGCCCAUGCUUCAGAUGUCCUGGAGAACGCUUUUGCCCCCCUUCUGGAUGAGCAGUAUGAUUUAGCCACAAAGAGAGUGCGGCAGCUUCUGGAUUUAGACCCUGAGGUUGAAUGUAUGAAAGCCAACACAAAUGAGGUUCUGUGGGCUGUUGUAGCAGCUUUCACAAAAUAACUGCAAUCAGACUGAAGUGUUCUCUUUUCUUCCAUGUAAACCAGUUGUUUCUCUUCUAUUGACUAUUCAUAUUUCCUGUAAUUUGUACCUUCUCACAUGAUGAAUCAGCUCUUGUUUAAUGGGGAUUAUAAAUGGUGUAUUCCUUCCUUCUCUGUGCAUUUGUAUACAGGGUUCUGCUGGUACAAGAGAGCUUCCUGUUUAACACAACAACAGAAAAAGGUUUUACUGCCAUAUUGGCAUUGCAUUUCAUGUUAAGUAGGAGUUAUCUGAAGUACUUUGGUUACUCUGUUUUUCAUUUUAUUGUUACUGAAGUGGUUUAACAUGGAAAGCACCUCAAGGAAAUGUGCAUGCAAUUGGAUCACUAGUCUCAGCUGACACAGAUGUGUGCAUGCAUCAGUACUUCUACAGUAUGAUUCAUAGCAGAUCAAAAAGGGCCUUUUAAAUCACCAAAGCUCUAUGUUGAAGUGUCUGUCAGGGCAUUUUAUACACAGACCUUUAUUUCAAUUAUGUCUAACAAAAUUACUUUAAAAGCAGAAAUUCCGUUAAGCAGCUUUGUCAAUGGUCCUGUGAAGAUGCCCUAUAAAGUUUUACUUUUCAUGUAAGUCUCUCAUGUACUUAUACUUUCAUUAGAAUGAUAGUUGAGUCAGAAGGCUAGUGUAGAAAGGUCCAGUUGUUUCAUAAACCAGUUUGGGGAUGGAAUACAUUCCAUUAUAUUGUAUAUAUAGUUCAAGUUGUAUAUUAACAACUGCCCUAUCUUAGUAUUUUGCAAGAUCUAUUUAGUUGUACGCCUGGUGCCCCUUACUUGCUGUCAGUUGUUGCCAUUUGUUGGAAAGAAAGGCCUCUUAUAAAGAGCAUGUAUGUGAAAGCUUUUUGUUUCCAGUGUCUCCCGAGUUUGCCAUCCAGAUAUUCUCAGUCUAUACAUUGCCUUUGAUAAUUAGUGUACAGAAAGAGACCACUUUCUGUCAUUGUUAAGCGUUUGUUUUUCUUUCCCCUCCUGUAUGGAAGAUGCUUGUGACCAGUACAGUUCUUGAGUGCAGUUUUAAUUUUGUUUGUACGCAAGUUAAUGUUUGUCUAAGUGUCAUAAUCUAUUUUACACUUUAAAACAAAGUCAGUCCUAGCAGGUAUUGCAUGUACGUGGUUUGCAAGUAAUGACUGCAGUUUGGAUGAUUAAGAUUUCUGCAGUGGGACACUCAUUUUAAUUUUUGUAUACAAUUAUGCUGAUUACCCCACUGCGGGG